AUGAAGCAUCGGCAAACGGAAGAAACAAGGAAGAAUGUGUGCGAUCCAACCGCGAAAAGCAGCAACAAUGACCACAACGAUUCCGAUCUCCCUGACCGACACGAUGUCGGUCUUACGGAUCUUGUCUUCGCCGACAACAGGAAUAACGACGGUUGCUCGACUCGGUUGGUGGCUUACGGCGAUGAUAAGAAGGUAGCGGCGGAUGGAAGUUGGAGGGGUGAUAAGGUGGUGGCUGAAUCGAAGAUACCUGUCUCCAGAACUAUGGAUGGCCUUUGGGACCCACCUGAUUAUCAAGCAAUUGAAGACACUGAUUGCAGAAAUGAUGGAUGCCAGUGUGCAUUUUGUCUUGCUAAUGAUGUGGCAGAAGAGGCGGCUGUAAAUGAGAUAAGUUGCAUAGAGGUGCUAAGGAUUUUGAUAAGCAAAGCAGAUACUGACAUCAUUGAGCUUGAAGAUGAACUUAUGGACUUACUGAGUCAACUCGCCUGCACUGAUGAAGAGUUUUCAAAUAUGUAUUCUAUGUGCUUGCGAAAGGAGAUUGAUUUUCUUGAUCGAUCAAUAAGGAAAUUAAAGGAUGAUGCUGGAGAUUAUUUGUCAACAACAACCAGGAAACCAGCUGAAAGCAUGCUUGAUAUGCUCAUGUCUCUUUUCCAUCGUUACAUACAAAAGAAAGAUAAACAGCUUGCAGAUAAUAUCAAAAGUAUUGCAAGCUCCAGCUGUCAAAUGCAUUCAGACAUCCCGUUUAGUGAGAAAAAACAAACAGGAAGCUCUUCAAAUGCUAAUCAAAUGGAGAAAAACAAAAAAGUCAUCAACACUUCUUCAUUGGAGAAACAUAAAAUUUCACAGACAAGAGUCAAGACUGAAGAAGUAGAAGAUUAUAAGAGUCUUUCUCGGGGCUCCAUGGAGAAGUGGGAAUAUCAGCUAGUUAAAAUCAAGUCCCAGACUGAUGAUGAAAGUAUAGGUUCCAUAGAAUCAUCAUCCAUACCAAAGGCAUAUACAGACAGAAACUUGAAUCCAGAUGAUCUCCAAGAACAAAAUGUCUCAGUUUCUACCAAGAUAUACAAAAGGAGAGAGAAACUUAAUGAUUCACCAUUAAUGUUGCAGACAAGUUCAAGAUCACCAUGCCUAUUAAUUGAAGGUGCUGAUGUGGCAAACAAGUGUAUGGAUUGUUAUAAACUAGAUGAUUUGCGGGCUAUUGCUAGGCAACGCGGAUUAAGAGGUUACUCUAAACUUCGCAAAAUAGAACUUGCACAGGCACUAGGAAUCAAGAUUGUUGAAGGAAAAAGGAAGCAGAAAAGAUAGGAGAUGGUGGUGUGGUGAAACUGACAUAGUUUGACUCAUAGGUAUGGCUGGUUGAUGGUUGUUUAUAUACAAAGAGGGGUAUAUUAUAUAGAAGUGAAAGAAUGAAUCGGUAUUAGAAUUGACAUGCUAGAUAUAUAUACUUGUUUUGAUAGUGAACCCUAUGGGAGAUAUAGUGAUGUUGAUAGUUGUUUACUGUUAUUCUUGGUUGGUAUAUGGAGGUAUUGCUUCUGUAUUCUGCGUAAAUAUACACUAACAUUUGCCAUUUGGUAGAUGUGGUAAUACAUACUUCUGUAUUCAGAAAAAGUAAACUAAUAACACCACAUAGACCCAUU